UCUCUUCGUUCUUCUGAUUCAUCAGCUGUGACGAUGAGAGCUGCUACAGAGAAGAAAGAUCCCAAGGACAGAGAACGAGUGGAGGCUGUUCUCGGCGUCUUGAAGAAGCAAGCUCCCCUCACAGUGAAACAAGAGAAGUUCUGCAGCUAUGCGUGUGUGGAACGCUUCCUGAGAGCUGAAGGGGACAGCGUGAAGAAGGUGGCCAAGCGUCUCCGAGCGGUUCUUUCUUGGAGGGAGAGCAUUGGAACUGAUCACUUGAUAGCAGAUGAGUUCUAUGCGGAGCUGGCCGAUGGGAUGGCGUUUGUGGCAGGUCAUGACGACGAGGCCAGGCCCGUCAUGGUCUUCCGCAUCAAGCAAGACUAUCUGAAACUUCGUUCCCAGAAGUCGUUCCUUCGGUUGUUGGUCUUCACUCUGGAAGUCGCUGUAUCAUCCAUGGCCAGAAAUGUAGACCAGUUUGUGCUUCUUUUCGAUGCCAGCUAUUUCAGAUCGCCGAAAUCUUUCCUCCAAUUGUUUAUGGGCACGCUGAAGAUUAUCUCGGACUACUACCCCGGGCGCCUGCACAAGGCUUUCGUGAUCGAUCCUCCCUCCCUCUUUUCUUGUCUGUGGAAGGGCGUUCGGCCGUUCGUCGAGCUGUCGGCGGUCACGGCGGUGGUGUCGUCGCUGGACUUCGAGGACUCGCUCGAGGACGGAUCCUUCACGUCGCUCCUGCGGACGGCCUCCUUCCGCUUCGGUCCGGCUGCGGCCAAAGUCGGCAGCUCCGCGUCGUCCCGGUUCUCCUUCACCGUUUCCCACCUCAACUCGCUCAAGCCAUGGUACCUGAGCACCACCACCACCACCAGGAGCGCCGUGGUGCCCACGGCCAGCCCCUCCCUAAUUGGCGCCUCCCCGCUCAACGCCCGGUCGUUCUCCUUUGCCUCCUCGGCCCCCCAGUCGACGCCUUGGGUCGGCAUUGCCGGCGCGGCCAUCAGCCGGAGCAUACCGUCCACUCCUUCCUCAGCUCCGCCAUGCAGGCCGCGUCAGCCGCAGCCGAGGACGCCGAUGCCGUCGUUCUUUCAGUCUCCGGCAACGCUGUUCUCGUUCAAGAAAGAGGGGCGCCUGAGCAGAGUGGAGAGGGAGCGAGAAUCGUUUCUGCCGUUCCUGAGAUUCUACCGGCGGCCAUACGACGAGGCGGUGUACCGAGCCAACAUGCGGCCGCCGCUCAGCGGCCUCAUCUCCAUCGUCUCCCACCAUGACCAGCUCAAGCAAAGGCGCAACAAGAUUCAAUCUCCUCCUGCUCUCACCGCCUCAACGAAGUAGCAGCGGCCGCCGCCGCAUUAAUGUUCCCUGAUUCAAUGGAAAAGAAAUCUUUUGCACUGCAAAAGAAUACAAAUAAGUAUUGCAUGAGAACGACAUGGACGUUCACCGAGCAAACACGGCGUGCGUGGGAGGGCGUUCGAGGGACGAGGUUGGUGUGCUUCGUGCCUGUGGCGCAAGCAGAGGAAGGGAAAUGGCCAUGCCGUGGCCGCCACGGUGAUGCCGCACCACGUCACAGUGGUGUAUAAUGGUCUGGAAGACAACGCCAAGGGAUAGGAACAUGUGAUGCGGUCUACGGUCUGUGCCUGCUAGCCUUUAUCCUUUGAAGAAGUCA